AUGGCCAUGCAUGGCUCCAACAUGCACACGGGAGAUGGAGCCUUUUUUUUUUCUCUCUUCCCUUUCAAGAUAUGCACAAGAAAGGGGUUCGGUAUCCCUCCAACCUUGACUCCGGACAGCGGGCACUGGAAGAGAGAUGUGAUUACAGACGACCUCUUGCGUGGCAUCCAUGAUCCAGAUCCUGAUCAAUUUUUUUUUUGCUCCAACGUCCAAGGUGGAAACAGCGGCAAGCGGGAGAUUGGGAUCAAAAUCGGGCCCUGGCGGCCACGUGCGGUGCCGACAGUGACGACUGACGAGAUGGAUGAGGUGCCGGCCCUGCCCCUGCGCUGUGGAGGGGGCCAAGGACAAGGAGUCUGCGAGGGCUCGUUUUUGUUCCUUCACAAGUUCACAACCAGGCAUGGGAUGAUGGGGGCACGGGGACAGCAUGCCGGAUUUUUUCCCCCUUCGUUAUGCGCACAAGCCGCAGGCCCAUGCUUCUCAUUAAACUCUACCAAGGGUCCUCGUCACGGCCGUAGUAAAGGGACCCGUGGAGGACGCGUGCGACGCAGACAACACUUGCAUUCGACUGGGCUGCCUCACGACAUGGCCACCUCGAGUCAGUCUUGUUCAGUCCGCUACCGAGUACCGAACCGGUGCAAACAAUGCGGAUACUGCCGGACGACGUCUAUCGUGUUGGAAGCCUUGGAACCUUUCUCUGAAGCUCUGGAGACAGGUGGAUGCCGGAUGCUAAACGCGCGAAAACAGAAGCCCCGCGCGGUUUUGCCUGCCGGCCCGAUGACCUGCGUCGGGUCGGCGGCCUUCGCUCGCCAGCUUACACUACUCGAGCGCUCCAACGCCAUUCGGAGCUGUCACCGUCAAAGGACUCGUUACCCAGGGAGGCAUGAGAUGUAUUCCGUGUUUCAAUCUCCUCAUGAAUUGUCUCGUGGUGACAACUAUGCUCAAAAUGAGAUUGCUGUCAUCCCUUCCGGUGUUCUGCUAGCGCGCCGCCUCAACGAUAUGGAGAUCCUGGAGGCUGUCCACAUCAGCCCUCUACCUGAUGGUUUUGAGAUUGACAUUUUCGCGCGCGAAGCCUAUGUUGGCUUAGCCUUUAAUCAAACAAACCCCGCCUGGGUUCCUGUACCGGCGAAAAUACACUCGUCGCCAUUGCCUCGCCUAGACACCACCGAUAAUCUUGCUUUGCCCAUGAGCAAACAAGGCAUUGACACUUACAACUAUGCUAUGUCAGGAGGAGGGAGGAAUCCUUCCGCUGCUGUGCUACCCCUUUUCACCAAGUAUCACGUCCCGAGGAGUAUUGAUAGACGACCUUCACGAAGAUCUCCGAAGUUGCCUGCAAGAUGCCGAAUUCUAAUUCGCCUCGCAAGCUUGUCUAAAGUUGGUGCCAGCCAGGUCCGUCAGCAUGAAGCUCCGAAGCUGACAGGUGAUAUUUACCGCAGCGGGUUUGUUCGUUAUGCAAAGUUACGCCACAUCCACGGUCUCGGGACCGCUCCGCUCAGCUCUGCAAAGACCAAGAUAGGUCAACGAGAGACCAGUGUACCGGAUGCACUCGGCAAGCUCGCUCUCUCAGACUCUCUCGUAUACGGGCUCCUUCUUCGUGAAACGACCGCGGGCUUUUGCGGGUUGCUUUUUGCCUAUCCAGAUGCGGGCCCCGAGGAACCCGGGACAAUGACGAGGCGAGACGAUGAUGUGUUGCAAAUGCCCUUCAAUACUCCCGCGUUUGUAGGCGAAAUCAAUGCAGCGGCAGCCAGACGAGUUGAAGUCAGGGACUCGCCUGACUCGGCUGAAGGAGGAUAUUCUUGGAUCCUGGGGUUGCACAUGUCGAGUACACGGCAUACGGCGGGACUUUGUCUCCAAGGCUAA